AUGCGUACUCCAACGGGGACGGGGACACCCAAGCAGAUCGAGCGACGGGAGCGGCGCCAAGCUGUGCUGGAUCUUCUCCGUCAAGGCGCGACUCAUCCUGAAAUCGCGGCUCAAUCUGGCCUGUCUCUGCGUAGUAUUCGGCGCAUUAUACAACAAUGUCCUACUGGUGUCGCGCGGGAGGAUGCGCCGCGCUCUGGUCGCCCGAAAUUGCUCGAUGACCGCGACCGCCGACGCCUCGCGCGCCUCGUCUCGAGCACCCCAGGCAUCACUAGUGGAGCUGCAGCCGCCGCACUAACGCUGAAAGAUGGUCGACACCCAAGCUCUUCCACGGUGCAAAACGAGCUGCAUGCGAUGAAGUACGUCAAUGCUCUACGCGUUACAAAGCUCAAGCUCACUCGGAAGGAUCGUCAAAAACGCCUCAAAUUUUGUCGCGACCAUGCGAGCUGGACUGUCGCGCAGUGGCGCACCGUAAUCUUCUCGGACGAAGCCUUCAUCAAGAUCCAUUCAUCUUCUCACCGUGGACGAGUUUGGCGGAAGCGAGGAGAGCGGCUUGCGCCGGGCAUGGUCAAAGAAACAUUGCAGCAGGGAGGAAGCCGAAUUCACAUUUGGAGCGCUGUCUCUCGACGCGGUUGUUUCCCCCUCAUUCCUAUCGAGGGCAACCUCGGCGCUCACCAGUACGCGAAGUUGCUAGACACUCACUUUUGGAAAGGCCUGGACAAAUUGGGAAUUGGAAGCAACUUCAUCUACCAGCAGGACAACGCUCCAGCGCGCACCAGCAAAGUUGUCGAAGAGUGGCUGGAGCUUCAUCAAGUCAACGUUCUGCCCUGGCCGCCCUACAGCCCCGACCUAAACCCCAUAGAAAACAUGUGGUCGUUCAUACAGCGUGGGGUGCUGGCGCAAUAUCAUCCAUCCAACCAAGCGGAGCUGUGGCGGGACAUGCAGAAGUGGUCGGAGGAACAUGUCACUCCCGCGUACUGUCGCAAGCUCAUCGAUUCAAUGCCGACCCGGAUUCAGGCUUGCAUCAAAGCCAAGGGUGGUCACAUCGAUUAUUGA